UUGCCAUUCUCCCGUUCCUUGGACUAUCUGAACCUGUAGAGGAUACCACAGCAAUGCUGGACUGCAGCGACUACGUUCUAGACUCAAGAAUGAACAAUCCGUCAGAAACCAGUAAACCAUCGAUGGAGAGUGGGGACGGGAACACAGGCACGCAAACAAAUGGCCUGGACUUUCAAAAGCAGCCUGUGCCUGUCGGAGGAGCAAUCUCUACAGCCCAGGCCCAGGCCUUCCUUGGGCACCUUCAUCAGGUCCAGCUCGCUGGAACAAGUUUACAGGCUGCUGCUCAGUCCUUAAAUGUACAGUCUAAAUCUAAUGAAGAAUCUGGGGACUCUCAGCAGCCAAGCCAGCCUUCCCAGCAGCCUUCAGUGCAGGCGGCCAUACCCCAGACCCAGCUCAUGCUGGCCGGAGGACAGAUCACUGGGCUCACGUUGACGCCAGCCCAGCAACAGUUAUUGCUCCAACAGGCGCAGGCCCAGUUGCUGGCGGCUGCAGUGCAGCACUCAGCCAGUCAGCAGCACAGCGCUGCUGGUGCCACCAUCUCGGCCUCUGCUGCGACGCCGAUGACGCAGAUCCCUCUAUCUCAGCCAAUACAGAUUGCACAGGAUUUGCAGCACUUGCAGCAGCUUCAGCAGCAGAAUCUCAACCUGCAACAGUUUGUGUUGGUGCAUCCAACAACCAACUUGCAGCCAGCACAGUUCAUCAUCUCACAAACGCCGCAGGGGCAGCAGGGUCUCCUGCAAGCGCAGAAUCUCUUAACGCAACUACCUCAGCAAAGCCAAGCCAACCUCCUGCAGUCUCAGCCAAGCAUCACCCUUGCCUCGCAGCCAGCAACCCCAACACGCACAAUAGCAGCGACCCCCAUUCAGCCACUUCCACAGAGCCAGUCAACACCAAAGCGAAUCGACACUCCCAGCUUGGAGGAGCCCAGUGACCUUGAGGAGCUUGAGCAGUUUGCCAAGACUUUCAAACAAAGACGGAUCAAACUUGGAUUCACUCAGGGUGAUGUUGGGCUCGCUAUGGGCAAACUCUAUGGAAAUGACUUCAGCCAAACUACCAUCUCUCGCUUUGAAGCCUUGAACCUCAGCUUUAAGAACAUGUGCAAGUUAAAGCCACUUCUGGAAAAGUGGCUCAAUGAUGCAGAAAACCUCUCAUCUGAUUCAACUCUCUCCAGCCCAAGUGCCCUGAAUUCUCCGGGGCAAGGGAUCGAAGGCUUGAACCGUAGGAGGAAGAAACGCACCAGCAUAGAGACCAACAUACGUGUGGCCUUAGAGAAGAGUUUCCUGGAGAACCAAAAGCCUACCUCGGAUGAGAUCGCCAUGAUAGCUGACCAGCUAAACAUGGAGAAGGAGGUGAUCCGCGUUUGGUUCUGUAACCGGCGCCAGAAGGAGAAAAGGAUCAACCCACCCAGCAGUGGUGGAACCAGCAGCUCGCCCAUCAAAGCAAUUUUCCCCUGUCCAACCUCACUGGUGGCAACCACGCCAAGCCUUGUGACUAGCAGUGCAGCUACAACCCUGACUGUCAACCCCGUGCUCCCUCUGGCCAGUCCUGCUGUCACCAGUCUGUCAGUCACAGGCACUACAGAAACCUCCUCCAACAACACGGCGACAGUGAUUUCAACAGCACCUCCGGCUUCUUCAGCAGUGACAUCACCCUCCCUGAGUCCUUCCCCUUCUGCCUCAGCCUCCACUUCAGAGGCAUCCAGUGCCAGUGAGACCAGCACAACACAGACAACCUCCACUCCCUUGUCCUCCCCUCUCGGGACCAGCCAGGUGAUGGUAACGGCAUCAGGGUUGCAAACAGCGGCAGCGGCCGCGUUACAAGGAGCUGCACAGUUGCCUGCAAAUGCAAGUCUUGCUGCCAUGGCUGCUGCAGCAGGACUAAACCCAGGCUUGAUGGCAUCCUCACAGUUUGCAGCUGGAGGUGCCUUACUCAGUCUCAAUCCAGGGACAUUAGGUGGUGCUCUCAGCCCGGCCCUGAUGAGCAACAGUACACUGGCAACUAUUCAAGCUCUUGCAUCUGGUGGCUCUCUUCCAAUAACAUCACUGGAUGCAACUGGAAACUUGGUGUUUGCCAAUGCUGGAGGUACCCCUAACAUCGUCACUGCCCCUCUGUUCCUGAACCCUCAGAACCUUUCUCUGCUCACCAGCAACCCAGUUAGCUUGGUCUCUGCAGCUGCAGCCUCCGCAGGGGCCUCUGGACCAGUCGCCAGCCUUCACGCCACCUCCACCUCAGCCGAGUCCAUCCAGAACUCUCUCCUCACCGUGGCCUCUGCCAGCGGGGCCACGUCCACCACCACUACUGCCUCCAAGGCACAGUGAGCUGGGCUGGGCUGUGCUCAGCAGCCUGGGUCACUGUGCGCUGGGAUCGGCUGCCAGCCCGGUCGAUGAACUGAAAAUGCCAUGGGCAUCUCUCACCGUGUUGCUGGGGACAAGAGAGAGAGAGAGAAAGAGAGAGAGAGAGAGAAGGAAAAAUAUUUAAAAAAACAAAAAAAUACAAAAAAAAAGGAGAAAAAAAAAACAAAAGCAAAACAGGAAGGAUUUAAAGCUGGGACAGACAUUUGCCUAAUUUUAUAAUAAACACUGUCUUUUCAGGAUCGCUUCAUGGAUCGGAGAACUUUCUAACCAAAAAUGUAAAAAAAAAAAAAAAACACAAAAAAACUAAAAACCACAAAAACACAAAAAAAGUGAAAGGACUACUUAUCAUUUCCAGCAGUCACAAUGACAAGUUAAGGGGUCAGAAGAAUUUAUGUUCAACGUUUGUGCAGGAAGCUCAGUGCAGCAGCAGAGAUCAUUGUGUGCAAACUUCCAGCUCCUCUCCUAAAAGCAGAAACAGCUUCAGUGGCUUCCUGAAGGCAAAGAGGAGACUCAGCUCA